AUGGCUGUUAAAAAGUUUGGACAGUUUGAACUCUCCCGGCCUGUUUACCGUCGACUCUCAUUGCGCGGUCAGUUGCAUCGUAGAUGGGAUCAAGUCAUCAAGCCCAACAGCAGCUCCACCGCAGCCCUCACGUUCUUCCGCGGAAUCAUCGCUCUAUCAUCUCCUCCGAGUCGGCCGGUGGCCGGUCCAAGUAGCAGCGAGCCGCCCUCCCAGCUGUCCCCGCUGCUCAGAUUGUCAGGCUGCUAUGCGGCAGGUGCAGCCUGCCCUGCCUCCAGGCCUCUCCUCCACAAAGGCAGCGACCGGCCAAGGCAGCGGCUGGCCCUGGAUUACUCGAGUCCAGACACUCGGCUAAGUGAGCUGGAAGACCCAGAGGAAGGCCAAGGCUCAGGUGCCCACAUGAUCAGCACAGCCAGGGUACCUGCUGAUAAGCCAGUACGCAUCGCCUUCAGCCUCGACAAUGCCGCAGAUGAUACACCACCUGAAGAUGCCAUUCCUCUGGCCUUUCCAGAAUUAGAGCAGCAACUACAG